GGAUUUUAGGGACCAAGUCCAGGGUUGUUGCAGGGUUGUCGGUAUCAGAAAAUUCAAUGCCGAAUACAACAGAGGAUUAUGGCGUGGAGUUUCCGAUUAUUCCACGAUUUAAUCCAUCGAUAAUCUCAAUGUCUUCAAAUUAAUCAUAUUAUUUUCUUGCAUGGGACCUUGCAGCAGGCAGGCAACGGUUGACGCUGAGCCAAGAAAAAAACCUUGACCAAACCACCGAGCCACACACUCACAGCUCAACUCGCAACCAUGACCAAGAUCCCCCUCGCGCGCUACAUCUUCCAGCGCCUCCGCCAGUACGGCGUCGACCACAUCCACGGCGUGCCGGGCGACAACCUGCUGCAUGCGCUGGACCACAUCGUGCCGGCCGGGUCGCGGUGGGUCGGGUGCUGCAACGAGCUGAACGCGGCCUACGCCGCCGACGGCUACGCGCGCGUGCGCGGCAUGGGCGCCGUCUUCACCACCAUGGGCGUCGGGGAGCUGUCGGCGGCCAACGCCAUCGCCGGCAGCCAGGCGGAGCGCGUCCCCGUCGUGCACCUGGUGGGCGUGCCCUCGCGCGAAGCCAUGAUGGGCCAGUCCCAAUACCCCAACGUCAUGCACCACGCCCUGCAGCCGGGCGGCGGCAUGGAGCCGUUCCGCGAGAUCGGCAGGCUGCUGACCCAGGGCCGCGACGAGUUCCGCUCCAGUGCGGCCGUCUACGAAGGGGCUACGGCGGCGGACUUUGCCUCCAAGUUUGAUUCCAUGUUGAGGAGGAGCUUCGUCCAGCGCAAGACCAUGUACUUUCCGUUGCGGGCAGACCUGGUCGACCACCAAGUUGACAGCAGCUGGCUGGAGAAAAGUCUCGACGGCCCCGACGGGGAGCAAGGGUCGAAACCACCCGCUGAAGAGUGGGACUUUUUAAAGGAGCUACGUUCGGCCGAAAAGCCCGUGAUUUUGGUAGAUCGAGGUCUUGGAAUGGAUGCCUUCAAGGACGAAAUCAACGAGCUAGUAGCCCUCUCGGGCAUCCCCACAUUCUGCAUGCCCUCGGGAGCCGGCAUGAUCGACAACCGCCUACCCAACUACCACGGAGUGCACUCGGGUCCCUUUGGCAGGAUCAACUCGAUGACUUGGGUGGGCUCAGCCGACCUGGUCCUCGCCAUCGGCCCCAUGUUUUCCGACACCAACACGUUCGGGUGGAUGACGGUCCCGAGGCCAUCGGCAAAGAACCCAAACAUGAAGCUCAUGAUUCUGGCGUCGCACACCACGCGCCCAAAGAGAGCCAUGCCCGGCCAGACAACCCCAGUCAUGCUUCUGCAGACCAACCGGGAUAUUCUGCGCAGGGCAAUCGAGAUGCUCAAAAAGGAACCGAUCAAGGGCAAAGCGAUCCCGUUUAUGAAAGACUGGCGCGUCGGGGAGCGCAGGUGGAUGGUCGGCGACCAGCGCAUCAACCAGUCCAUCCUGUACCAAAAGCUGGACAAGUACCUGCGGCCGUACGACACGAUCCUCAUCGGCAACGCGACGCCGCUGCUCGGCGCGCGCGACUUUGUCCUGCCCGAGGGCGCCCGCGUCAUCGCCUCGGGCCAGUGGUUCUCCAUCGGCCACAUGCUGCCGGCGGCCAUGGGCGCCGCGCUGGCCAAGCGGGGUCUCAAGGGCGACGCGGGCCGCGGGCGCACCAUCCUGCUCGACGGCGACGGCAGCUUCCAGAUGACGGCCCAGGAGCUGGGCACCAUCAUCAGGCAGCGGCUCGACGUGACCAUCUUUAUUUUUAACAACGGCGGCUACGCCUACGAGCGCCUCAUCCACGGGCCCGACGAGGAGUACAACGACAUUGCGCCGUGGAAGUACCUGGAGCUGCCGAGCGCGUUUGGAGCGGAGCACGCCAGGGCAAUGCAUGGAUACAACACUCAGACCCAUCUGGUGCGGACCUGGGAUGACCUUGAUCGGCUGUUUAUGGAUGGCAGGUUCAACAUCGGCCCGGGGCUGAAGCUGGUGGAGCUAAGGCUCGGCCGCAAAGAUGUGCCCGCCCGUUUCAGGAACCUAUUUAGGGAAGAUGAAGAGGAGGAGCGCCUAACAAGGAGGAUCCGGAGUGAUCCAGAAUAAACUUUAUCAGUCUCGAGACGCAUAGAGGCCCCUCCAAGAAGCUUUCACGCCAGGUAUGACAGUACAGAAAUAUGUAGAUAGUUUAUAUUGAUAACAAGUACAAUCUCCCC